AUGACCUUGGCCGAGAAGGCCUGGAUGGAAGUAGGAGCCAACGGCUCGCACCUACUGCAGGCGCGAGGCAAAGCCCAGGCCAGUCUCAACCGCCGAUGCUUCAACGCGUACGCUUGGAGGAAGGGGAUUCUUUUGUCUCAACCUGCAGAGCUGGACGACAGAGUUCAGACAUGCAUGGCUCUGGCAGUUGUCUCGCUCAUCCGCUCUUGCGAGCUUGGUGUGCCAAAGGCUCAAGCUGUCCGUCAAGUUCCCAUCAUCCUCAACAGACUUUCGGCAGCUUCCAGCUACAUCUUCUCCACGAGUCCAGGGCUACCUUAA